CGAUUGCCUCUAGAAGGGGAUUCCAUUUGGAUGCUAGUUCGUGAUUAAGAAAUUAUUAGCAAACAUUGCCAAAUGGCAAUCGUCGCCGAUUUUCGGAGUCGGAUCGUCGAUUUUCAUUCUCAAUCUUCAUCGUUGGUACCUGGAAAUCACGUUGGCGGUGCAAGUCAGGAUGAUUGCCAACUACUACAGAAUACAGUGGCUUUUGAAGAGGACGAUGGAUUCGACAACCGCGUUGUUCAUUUGGAGAGCCCUGGCAUUGACACCGAGCUGGUGGAUGAUCUUGAUAGUUCGGAGAACUUGACCAUUCCUACAUUCGAGUAUGAGGAUGACGUUGUUCUUGAUAGCGAGGAUGAAGGAAUUGAUGGAAGUAGAGUGAUUAGGGUUUCAAGUGCCCUUUCUAGAAGUGAAGCGGUGCAGAAAGUUGGAAGUGAUGCACAAGAAGAGAAUGUGGCAGCGGACUUCCAUUAUUCCGAUCAGAAACAGUGCGAUACAGGUCCAUACUCAACUCACUGCUUCAAUAAUUUGAAACAUGGGGAGCAAGUUUCUUCUAAUUGUGUUAAUGGGUUUGACAUGGGGAAGGAUUCAUCUCAACCUUCUGCAAGGUUAAGCUAUUGCAGUUCUCAGGAACCAGGGGAGUCAACUCAAGUCAAUGCUCUUGGCUUUGUGGAUCAUUUUCUAUCUGUAAGUACUGCAAAUGCAAAUCCUUCUCAAGGAAUUUGCCACAGAAAGGCUGCUAGAGUGCAAUCACCUCUGCUUUCUAGAAUUAAAGGACCUCAGAAUUUGGCAAAGAGAAUAGGUAGGAAGUCGAUUGAAGAAACUGGGAGCUUUGAGUGGGUUGACAUUCAMWAUCAAGAAGCAGAAUGCAAUUUAUUUGGCGAGUGCCAAARGGAAACUUCUGAUUUUGGUAACUGCAGAAGACAGUCAUAUGCAACCAAGCCUCAGAAUAUCGCAAAAUUGGGGAAUAAAGAUGGAGAUCGUUUGCUCGAAAAGUAUGAAGAUGAGGAAAUGCAGGCAUAUGCAAGUGCAGGCAUUCAGUUCCAAGUUGAUUCGACUGCUUCAACUUUGCCACAUCCAAAAUUGGAUAUCUGUUCAUUAGAGACAUAUGGGAUGGACAACAUUGAAAUAGAGAACAAGUCCAACAAGGAAUCAAAUGAAAAAUUAGCAGAGGAACCGUUUGGAUCUAAGGAUGAUGAGGAGGAUGCUCUUGACCAAUUAGAUAUUGGUUUUAGUACUCAAAUAGCUGCUGAGGCAAUGGAAGCAUUGUCUUAUAUCCCAGAUAGUAACAAAACUAUCAAUGCUUGCAGUCCACAGAAUGCCCUGGAGAAUGUUCCAUGCUAUAUGAUAGAAGAUAAACCUCAUUUGAAWAAUUCUUAUCCUCAAAAGAUAGGAGGCAUUGUUAGAAAAUCAAAGCGAACGCUACAAUCCAAGAGGAAGUUUAAUGCAAAGUGUUUGAAUACAUAUGAGGCGCAGUAUGAUUGUCAAAAGUUAGAAUCUGUUUUGAUAAAUAAGAGAAAAGCAAAGAGAGGUAGAUUGGCAGUGCAGGGAAAAUUAAGUUAUAGAAAUUCUCCUGAUGGGAGCAAUUAUUCAGCCACAUCUUCCAAUCUACUCAGCUAUACAGGUAGUUGCCAACUGAGUCAGCAAGGUCCCACAAAUGGAAAUCAAGUUCCCAUCACCGGUAUGAUGCAUGGAAUAUGGAGUCACCCCAGAAGGAGAAGAACACCUCGCAACUUGCAUAGUCAUCCAAAUGAAUCGAGCAAUCAGAAUAACACUUUUUUAGCAGUUGAUGGAAGAUGCAGCAAUUCCAUCUUAAUGAAAAAUGGGACAAAGGCACAGAAGAAUCAGGAAAUGAAGAAACCAAUCUCAAUCUUAAGUUCUUAUCCACAUCGACAAUCUUUUAUAUAUAAUUCUGACAGAUACCUGGCAGACCAGGUUUAUGAUAAAUCAAAUUCAGCAGGCAGGAAUUUUCUCAGGAAAAAGACAUCAAGAAGGUCCAGCUCCAGAAAUGAUGAUUAUCACAAAACAACUAUUGACAAAAUUCUACCAAAGUCGUCUUCUAAGGAGCUUGCAAGAUUAGGUGUCUCAGAGUCCAUGCCUGAUCUUAGAUGGAAAGAUUUGAGGAGAAGAAGAACAAUGGCUUUGGUAAAAGUGUGUUUUAGCCAGCAUUUGGAUGAAAUAACUAUCAAACAACAAAAAAAGGUUGCCUUACAACUGGGUAUAUCAAUUGCAUCGAGUUCUGCAGAUGCAACACAUUUUGUAGCCGAUAAAUUUGUUCGUACUAGGAACAUGUUGGAGGCCAUUGCCCUUGGUAAACCAGUGGUUACACAUUCAUGGCUUGAAAGUUGUGGACAAGCAAGCUGUUUUAUUGAUGAAAAGAACUAUAUUCUACGAGAUACUAAGAAGGAGAAGGAGAUCGGUUUUAACUUGCCUGUUUCCUUAUCUCGUGCUACCCAACGCCCACUUCUAAAGGGUCUCAGAGUUCUUGUCACCCCAAAUAUAAGACCUGAUAAAGAAAUCAUAACUAGUUUGGUAAAGAUGUCUCAGGGUGAGCCUGUUGAGAGGAGUCAGAUUUUCACAGGGAAGGAUGAACAGAUCCCCGAUGAUCUACUUAUUCUUUCUUGCGAAGAAGAUUAUGAGAACUGUGUUCCUUUCCUCAGAAAAGGAGUAAGAGUUUACAGUUUGGAGCUUCUACUGAAUGGGAUAGUUAUCCAGAAACUUGAACACAAACGGUAUGAGCUCUUCAUAGAACGCUGGAUAGGUUUUGUGACAGCCAAGACCAAUAGAGAAGUGUAAUUACUAUUUUCUUUUCUUUUUGCUUCUAUGGAAAUGCUAUAAAACAUGGCUUAUGGGUUACGUAUUUCCCCUCUUUAACUGAUAAUUCUUCRUAUCUUUGAGAGAUUUUG